UCAUCGUAGCUCCACCAAUAAGAUGUUAGUGGUAUGUAGGUGCGAUAGGAGAUGCUAUAUAGGUGUUUGAAGAUUUGAUUUCGUCAUAAUACUUAGCUUUCCGUUGACUGGCUCGGAAGAGUCCUGCUGUUAUUUCGUUUUACGAAUCUUAUUAGAAAAUCAAAAUGUCUACCUACAAAUUGACUUACUUCCCAGUUAAAGGAUUGGGUGAACCAAUUCGUUUUCUCUUAAGCUAUGCUGGAAUUUCAUUUGAAGAUGAGCGUUUUGAUAGAGAUGACUGGCCAAAGAUAAAACCUACUACUCCUUUUGGUCAAGUUCCUGUACUUGAUGUUGAUGGAAAGAAAAUAGCUCAAUCAGUAGCUAUUUCUCGUUAUUUGGCAAAAAAAUCUGGUUUAGCUGGAAAAGAUGAUUGGGAAGCUCUAGAAAUUGAUAGUAUUGUUGAUACUAUUCAUGAUGUUCGUGCAAGACUUGCUGCCUUCCACUAUGAAGAAAAUGAAGAAAUUAAAGCUGCAAAACGCAAGAUUGCUGAUGAAGUAGUACCAUAUUAUCUUGAACGUUUAGAUGCUCAAGUGAAGAAUAAUGGUGGCUACUUUGUUGGUGGUGCUCUUUCUUGGGCUGAUUUAUCAUUUGUUGCUUUACUUGAUUAUUUAAAUUUCAUGAAUGGAUCCGAUCUCAUCGAGAAAUAUGACAAUCUGAAGCAGUUGAAAGAAAAAGUUCUCAAUCUACCUGCUAUUAAAAGUUGGCUUGAUAAGCGUCCACAUUCUGAUUUCUACGUUCCAACGCAUAUCUUCAAAAUGUCCACGUAUAAAUUGAUUUAUUUUAAUAUUCCUGGUCUUGCCGAACCAAUCAGAUUCCUUCUUCAUCAAAGUGGAAUUAAAUUUGAAGAUAAAAGGAUUGAUAUCGAAGAAUGGCCCAAGAUUAAAUCUGAAAUGCCACUUGGACAAGUACCUAUUUUGGAAAUUGAUGGUAAAGUUUAUUAUCAAUCGAAGGCUAUUUCUCGCUUGAUCGCUAAGAAAAAUAACUUUUACGGUUCUAAUGAUGAAGAAGCUUUCCUUGUUGAUGCUACUAUUGAGACUAUAGACGAUUUGAGACAACCAAUUACUCAAUAUUAUUGGGAAAAGGAUCAUGCAUUCAAGGCAAAAUUGAAAACCAAUGUUGAUACCAAAGUUCCCUUGCUUCUCAACAAAUUGGAAGAACAAGUAAAGAAGAACAAAGGAUAUUUUGUUAAUGGAAAGUUGACGUGGGCAGAUCUUUUCUAUGCAGCAAUAGAGGAAUCUUUGACUGACAUGCUUGGAUACGAUUUGAAUAAGGAUCAUCCUGAAUUAAAGAAGUUGUCUGAGAAAGUAAAAUCAUUACCCAACAUCAAAACAUAUUUGAAGAAUCGACCCAAAUCUAUGGUCAUAUCUUAAACAUUAUGAUUUUUUGCAUAUAUUAUUGCUAUAUAAAAAAAUUAUAGUUUUCCUAAAAAAAUUAUGGUAUUCCUAAGAACUCGCCAGGAUUCAUUGAUUGAUUUAUUUUUUUUAUAUUUGCACAUGUUUUACAUUAAAUCGCGUUUGAUACAAAUUUUGCAUUUUAUUUUUAUAAAUAUAUAAAAUUAAAGUAAAUGUCUUGUUUUACAUAUGCUUAUCAUGUAUUAUGCGAGUAUAAAAAUAAAUAAUAUUUAUACAUA